AUGCAAAAUCAAGGAAUUAAACAAGAGGAAGAAGAUUCCCAAAUUAAUAUCCUUAAGAAAGGUUUGGAAAACACUUCUACCCAAUUUUCAGCAGUCAAAAAGGAAGAAGCUGCAAUUGAGGGUAGAAUUCUUGCUGACGAGAGAAAGCAAGAAGCCUUAAUGUCUGAAGUUGGCAAAAUCGAGAAAUAUCUCGACUCCGAACAGGAUGUUUUGACUAAUCUUAUCAAUGAUAAGAUUGAAGCUAAAUUUGCAGAUUUUAAUGCUGUUAGAGUUUCUCCAUCUGGAACUAAUCUCUCUUCUAAAGAAGAAACUUUGAUGAAGGUCAAUCGGUAUUUUCCGGAGAUCAUUAUCAACCCAAGUUCACCUUUACUGAAUGAUUGUAAUAAACCCAAUGGUGAAGUGAGUUUAGUUGUUUCAAAUGAACUCCAUUUGAACAGCAGUUACUGUCGUGAACCCGCAAAAAUUUUAUACCUGAUACUUCUGAACGUUUACGUCCCUUUUAUGAUGUACUCGAUAAAAGCUUGA